AGGAAUUUAAGCCGAAUGAAAAUUGGAAGUUUGUGGAAAUCGGUGCAGUCAUCUCCGAGAAAAUGUAUGGUACAUGUAUCCAGCGCAUACGUCAACGCAUUUCUUAAAGAAGCUGAAGAAAAACUUUAUCCAUCCCAUGAAAACGCAGAUAAAGUGAUCGAUUUAGUAAAUUCAUUAAACGAUGGGACUUUGGAUCAGCUUACCAGUAGGUUACUACAAGAUCACCCUAACACCUAUACCUUCACUAAACAUCUGGCUGAACAUGAAAUCAACAAAUUUGCACAUUUAUUUCCAUGUGCAAUAGUUCGACCAAGCAUGAUAACUGGUGCUUGGAAAGAACCAGUCCCGGGAUGGACUAUAUCUAAGAAUGGCCCUCAAGGAUUUCUAAUGGGAGCUUCUAAAGGUGUUAUUCGCAGGCUGCCUGUAGGAGUUAACCUUGUAUAUGAUUAUGUACCUGUCGAUUACGUAGUAAAUGUUGUUCUAGUCUCGGCAUUCCAGGUUGCUGAAAAAAGGCCCAAGGAACUGACAAUUUUCCAUUGCACUUCAAGCACAUGUAACCCCUUCAGAUGGAGUUCCGUAGAAGACAACGUGAAUAAAUAUUUACAUGAAUACCCACUAAAGUCGACUCUGUGGUACCCACAUUUGAAGUUUUUGCCAAGUCUUUGGAUGUUUAAAGUAUCUGCGAUUUUUGUUCAUUUUCUUCCGGCAUAUAUCUUUGAUUUUUUGACGCAAUUGGUUGGGGGAAGACCACUAUUAGUGCGAAUGCACACUAACGUCUGGCAAUCAUUAAAUAGGCUUGAAAAAUUCAUAUUUAGUGAAUGGAAAUUCGACAAUAAAAAUGCGAUAGAACUUCAUCAUUACUUAACGGAAAAGGACAAGAAUAUUUUUAAUAUUGAUAUAUCUGAACUACAAUGGUCAAACUACUUUGUAACACUGACACAGGGUGUAAGACGCUAUCUUAAUCACGAGCAUCCUACUUCACUAAGAGCAGCUCGGAGAAAAGAUGCAAUGUAAGUAUAUAAUGUUACA